CAACUUUUAAGUCGCACCAUGACCUCCAACGACAACGACCCUUUCUACCUCAGAUACUACACCGGCCACUCUGGCAAGCACGGCCACGAGUUUCUGGAGUUCGAGUACUCCCAUGGACGUCUCCGAUACGCCAACAACUCCAACUACCGUAACGACAGUCUCAUUCGCAAAGAGAUGUGGGUCGGCCCGCUCGUCGUGAAAGAGCUGAAGCGGAUCGUCGAAUCGAGCGAAAUCACCAAGGAAGACGACACCAACUGGCCGAAGAAAAACAUCGUCGGCAAGCAGGAGCUCGAGAUUCGCGUGGGGAACGAUCAUAUCGCGUUUGAGACCGCCAAAAUCGGCUCGCUCGUCGAUAUCCAGGACAGCGAAGACCCCGAAGGACUUCGCGUGUUCUACUAUCUUGUCCAAGAUCUCAAGGUCUGUUCUUCCCCGCCAGAGCGUUCAGGGCACUUAUCGAGCUGUAUAGUGUCUCAUCUUCUCUCUCAUCUCCCUCCACUUCAAGAUCAAGCCUAUUUAGAGGCUCUCUGCCGGAGUAGAUUGCGAAUGAAUUCUUGGUAUUGUACAGAAGAUCUCAGCGACCAUGAGCAUCAGGCUGGUCUUCACCCCGUCAAGAAAACGUGCAAGUUCCGUGUCUGGCGUGUGUUUGUAUGCACCACAAAUGAAAUAAUACAGAAAACAGCUGCUCUUCCAGCCAAAAUCUUUGAGAAACAUGUAAUACAUAAACGUACUGGUCCCUUUGAACGACCGUAUCAGCUGUUGUUGUGCUCGAUCAAAGCGGAGGAAAUGUUGAAAAGUGCAAAACAGGUGCCAAGAAACCCACGCGGUGGUGUCCUUCCUACCACUUGAGGGACAGUUAACUUUUUGUUGGGGAGUCGAAAGAAGGACCAAGAUAGAGGCGAUAAUUAUUAUUACCUUUCACUCACGGUCACGCCAAGCUGCCAACCGCCAGGGAUUACUCGUACAAGACUAGACAAGACUCUAAAUGAGCUGAUACAGAUGUGAAUGCUAGGUGAUGAGUGUAGAUAUUCCAUGAGAAUGAGAUAACAUCAUAAAUCAAGCCACCACAUCCGCAGAACUAAAACUGCUUCGCCUCCUCCGCACGGGUCGCAACCCUGGCCGCUCAGACUUGGUCGCCGGCACCACGACCGCAUCCACAUUCGUCUUCAUCCACGCGUCCGACUGCUCCUUAGGGGCGCGCUUCAGAGUCGCACUCGCUACAUCCGUCAACGCAGCAGUCGCUGCCUGCCUUCUCGUCGUCGCCAGUGUCGGCAACCGCGAAGGCGUCGGCGAGGGCGGCGGGUUCGGUCGUCGAAUCGCAGCAACGGCAGCCUUGGCGGCCGCUGUCGUGCGAGUGGUAGCUAAUCGCGGGAUCUUAUUCGGGCCCUGCGAUCCUUUCGAAGUCGUCGCCGGUGCCUUGCUCGUUGACGCCUUGCUCGUUGAAGCCUUGGCGGACGCCCCACUAGUCCCCGUGCUCUGCGAUGAAUUUACUGGAGGCCUUCUGCCCACUGCAGCAGCAACCGUAGUCGAUCGAGUGACGCGGUGCGUUCGAGAAUCAGACGAAGUGGGUGCCUUUGGUUUUCCCGCUGCUUUGCUCCGUGCCCCAGCAAUUGGCAACGCCGGCAGCGUAUCACUAUCUUCAUCAUUAUCGCGCCCGAGCUCAUCCUCCGAGUCAAACUCCAAUGUACGUUUAGUGGUCGGUGUCUUCCGUGGCUGACCUGGCGUUGCAAUAGCUUUGGCCUGUGCCUGGGCUGCUGCGAUGUGCCGACUGGGUGUGACGGGCACUGCAACGCCUUUCGUAGGAGAGGGAGGCGGAGUGGUCGACAUCGGAACGGCAGGUAGAUCCUCCUCCGCAGGCGGUGUUGCAGGUGUGACCACAGUCGCCGAGGCCAGGAUCGCGGCAGCCUGCUGUCUCUUGACCUCAUCCACGGCCGCCCACUUCGACCACUCCAGCUGCUUGAGAUACAUGUAUUGCUGCUGGGGGCCAACCACACUUCCAGGUCGGACGAUGCGCAUGAAAGCGAUCGCCUCAUUCGCCGUGAAGCCGUAUUUCCAAAUCAAAUACGCGCCUAUGAGCGUACCUGUUCGGCCAAGUCCUGCUUUACACUGCGAACCAUGUUAGAUAUCGUAUCAGUGGCAUCUUAAGACAACGCA